GCCGUGUGUGUCGCUCAAGCUUUUGUGCCCAGAAAAUUUUGCCUGGCUCUCCAUGCUCCACCCGCCGCUUUCUUUCACCUAUCGUAUCUCCCAAUAUCUCCACCUCUUACACUCCUCUUCUUCCUCCUCCUCCUCCUGCACUUUUGGCUCCAACCUCAUCAAUGGCCACUCAUCCCGACACGCCGGAAACAAGGGAUUCCAAUACCCACCUUCUCCAGGAGCUUGAGGCACUCAGCCAAACGCUCUACCAAACCCACACCUCCUCCACUACUCGAAGAACAGCCUCGCUUGUUCUUCCUCGGACCUCUCUUCCUUCUAUUCCCUCUUCUGAAGAUGUGGGGGCCAUCCACACAAUCAACAAGCCCCGGUCCCGGCGUAUGUCUCUCUCGCCAUGGCGUUCCCGCCCCAACCUCGAUGACCAUCAUAACUCCCAAUCCCAACCAAACAAGGUUUCUUCUAAUCAGCCCGAGCUGAGGAAGUUGGAUGAAGCCACCCCCGAGAAGAAGGGGAUUUGGAAUUGGAAGCCUAUUCGAGCUCUCGCCCACAUCGGAAUGCAGAAGAUUAGUUGCUUGUUCUCUGUUGAAGUCGUCACCGUUCAGGGCCUUCCCGCCUCCAUGAAUGGGCUUCGACUUUCCGUUUGCGUGAGGAAGAAAGAGACCAAAGAUGGAGCAGUCAACACAAUGCCGUCUAGGGUUUCGCAAGGCACUGCGGAUUUUGAAGAGACGUUGUUCCUCAAAUCUCAUGUUUAUUGCACUUCUGGUAACGGAAAGCCUCUCAAAUUCGAGCCUCGUCCGUUUUGGAUUUACGCUUUCGCUGUAGAUGCUCAAGAGCUUGAUUUCGGAAGAAGUGCAGUGGAUUUGAGUAAGCUGAUUGAAGAAUCCAUGGAGAAGAGUAGCGAAGGAACGCGAGUUCGACAGUGGGAUAUAAGCUUCAAUUUGGCGGGGAAAGCUAAAGGAGGAGAACUCGUCGUCAAAUUAGGCUUCCAGAUUAUGGAGAAAGACGGAGGAGUUGGAAUUUACAGUCAAGCUCAGCCGAAGGAAUCCAAAUCGGGAAAAUCUUACGGGAGAAAGCAAUCGAAGACCUCCUUCAGCGUUCCUAGUCCCAGAUUAACUGCUCAAACCGAAGCUUGGACACCAUCGCAAACAAGAGAGACAACAGAUCAUACAGGAAUGGAUGAUCUGAACUUAGAUGAACCAGCACCGAUUCCGUCAACUCCCCCGUCCAUUCAGAAAUCAGAAGAACCGAAUAUUGAAGAUUUCGAUCUCCCAGACUUUCAAGUUGUCGACAGAGGAGUUGAGAUUCAGGACAAAGGGGAAGAACUGGACAAAGAAGAAUCUGAAAAAUCCGUGGAAGAAAAGUCGACUUCAAGCGAGGUAGUCAAGGAGGUUGUACACGAUCAGGCUCAUUUGAAUCGAUUAUCGGAACUCGAUUCCAUUGCACAGCAAAUAAAAGCUCUGGAAUCAAUGAUGGGAGAUGAAAAUCUGGGCAAAAACGAUGAAGAAUCCGAUUCGCAGAGGCUUGAUGCUGAUGAAGAAAACGUAACAAGGGAAUUUCUGCAGAUGCUCGAGGAAGAAGACGGGGAUGGCUCAUACAUAAAAGACAGCAAACUCGAUUACCCUGAAAUCCGUCGUUACCAACUUGAAGAAACAGAGGAUUCCUCUGAAAUUGAAUCCAAAUCGUACCUUCCAGACCUUGGAAAGGGGCUGGGCUGCGUUGUUCAAACCAGAGAUGGAGGCUACUUAGCCGCCAUGAAUCCAUUAAACACCCAAGUUUCAAGAAAGGACACUCCAAAACUAGCGAUGCAGAUAUCGAAACCAUUCAUUUUAUCCUCCACACAGUCGCUGAGUGGAUUCGAGUUGUUUCAGAGAAUGGCUUGCAGCGGGGUCGAGGAACUGAGCUCCAAAGUAAUGGGAUUGAUGUCUACGGAUGAACUGAUGGGCAAAACAGCAGAACAAAUAGCAUUCGAAGGAAUUGCUUCGGCAAUCAUUCAAGGGAGAAACAAGGAAGGAGCAAGUUCCACCGCUGCCCGCGCCAUUGCUGCAGUAAAAUCAAUGGUGGCCGCAUUGAGCACGGGAAGGAAAGAGAGGAUUUCGACAGGAAUUUGGAACUUAAACGAAAUCCCUCUAACCAUCGAAGAGAUUCUAGCCUUCUCUUUGCAAAAGCUCGAAGAAAUGAGCGUGGAAGCCUUGAAAAUCCAGGCCGAAAUGGCGGAGGAAGAAGCCCCAUUUGACGUAUCGGCUCUGAAUGUGAAAAUUGGAGGAAAGGAUCAAAAUCAAAUGCACCCCCUGGAUUGUGCAGUUCCGUACGAAGACUGGAUAAAUAAAUUCAACUUCACUAAAUUUGCAAGCCAAUUGGAAGAUCCAGAAUCCAUCACACUGGCGGUGGUGGUGCAGUUAAGAGACCCACUAAGGCGAUACGAAGCCGUGGGAGGCCCUGUGGUGGGUCUGAUCCACGCCAAGGAAGAAGAAAUGGAAGAAAAAUCAAGCAAAUACGAAGAGGAAAGAAGAUUCAAGGUGACGAGCUUGCAUGUGGGUGGGUUGAAGGUGAGGGGCGGAGGGAAGAGGAACGCGUGGGACAGCGAAAAGCAGAGGCUGACGGCGAUGCAGUGGCUAGUGGCGCAUGGGAUUGGGAAGGCGGUGAAGAAGGGAAAGCAUUUAUCAUCCAAGGGACCAGAUUUGCUUUGGAGCUUGUCGUCGAGGGUAAUGGCGGACAUGUGGCUCAAACCUAUACGAAAUCCAGAUGUAAAGUUUGUGAACUAGAAGAAGAAGCCGUUUGAACUACGGUCAGUAGCGGUCACAGCGGAGUGAGUUCGUCGUGUGUUCAUAUUUUUAUUAUUUUCUAUAGUUAAUAAUAAGAGAGAAUUAGGAGCAAUUGCAUAGUUCAUUUUGUAUUUAGUUACAGAAUUCAAAUAACAAUCUUAUGUGUUAAUGUUAGCAGUUCAA